AUGGACGCAUCUCGAGUCAUAACGCUUUAUCUGGGCCUGCUCCUUGUUUUCCUUGGGAAUAUACCGUGUUUCCAGUCAGCUGCUAUCAUCUCUCCCUCUGCGCCGAGGAGGAACAGGGGAGCCAGGAUCCAUCAUCAGAACGGACAAAGGUCAACCAAAUUCCUAAAAGACAUCUUCGCGUCCUCGCAUCCUAUCGUGAGCCUCCACAAAGAAGACCUAAAGGACGAUAUUGUGCCGCAUGAAUACAUGCUCUCUAUAUACAGGACAUACUCGGCUGCAGAGAAGCUCGGACUAAAUGCAAGCUUUUUCCGGUCGUCUAAAUCUGCCAACACCAUAACAAGUUUUGUGGACAGAGGAACAGACGAUCUUUUGCACUCUCCUCUGCGAAGACAAAAGUAUCUGUUUGAUGUCUCAACCCUUUCAGACAAAGAGGAGCUGGUCGGGGCGGAAUUAAGGAUAUUUAGGAGAGCGCCAGGGGAUUUGCAGACUUCCCUUCAGACGACGGGCCUCUACGACAUCCAGCUCUACCCCUGCCACUCGGACAGGCUGCUGCAGUCCAGGUCGCUGGACCCUCUGGACUCCACCAAAGCCGGCUGGGAAGUUUUGGACGUGUGGGAAAUGUUUAAAGCACAUCAUCAUCAUUAUCACCACCCCCACCAUCACCAUCAUCACCAUCACCAUCCUCAUCAGCAGCAGCAGGGGAACCAGCUCUGCCUCCAGCUCCGGGUCACUCUGGGCAAAUCAGACAACGAGGUGGACCUGAGUCAGCUGGGGUUGGACAGGAGCAGCCGAUCCCAGCAGGAGAAGGCCAUCCUGGUCGCUUACACCCGCUCCAAGAAGAGGGAGAACCUGUUCAACGAGAUGAAGGAGAAGAUCAAAUCGCGGAGGUCCGUCGGCGAGGUGGAGGAGGCGGUGGUGAGGGCGGCGGCGGAGGAGGAGGAUGGGGUCGGGGGGGCGUCGCUGCGGGGGGUUAAAGGAGAGGGGCCCCGGCGGCGGCGGAGGACAGCGCUGAGCAACCGGCACGGGAAGAGACACGGGAAGAAAUCGAAAUCCAGGUGCAGCAAAAAGGCGCUGCAUGUGAAUUUCAAAGAGUUGGGAUGGGACGACUGGAUCAUUGCGCCCCUGGAUUACGAGGCGUACCACUGCGAAGGGGUGUGCGACUUCCCCCUGAGGUCGCACCUCGAGCCGACCAACCACGCCAUCAUACAGACGCUCAUGAACUCCAUGGACCCCAACAGCACCCCGCCCAGCUGCUGCGUCCCCACCAAACUCAGUCCCAUCAGCAUCCUGUAUAUAGACUCAGGCAAUAACGUAGUGUACAAACAGUACGAGGACAUGGUGGUGGAGCAGUGUGGGUGCAGGUAG